UUUGUGUAGUUUUUUGUUUUCUGUGAUUUUAUUUUACAAUGAACUUGGCUGCUUCACUGCCACGUUGAAACCUUAAUACAAUUAGAGUUUUGUCUCUUUCUCUUUUAACUCCAUCUGUCCUCUUCUUCCUUCUCCUUCCCCUUUAUCCCAUUUCCUCCCUCCCUUUCUUUCUUAUUUCUUUGUCUCAGUUGUGAGCUGGCCACGUCUUAGGACAUGGUCAUAUCCAUUUCAUUAUUUCUUACAGAAAUGAGAAAAUAUUACCUACCUUCUACUAUUACCACUUCUACCUAUUUCCUAGGUUUAACUUUGAGGUGCGACCCCUUUGGGGUUAAAUAGCACAGAUCCUGCAUAUCAGAUAAUUGUAUUACCAUUCACAACAGUAGCUCAAUUAUAGUUAUGAAGUAGCAAUGAAAUAAUUUUAUGGUGGGGGGGGGGUUCAGCACAACACAACACGAGGGCCACAGCAUUAGGAAGGUUGGAAACCACUGAUCAACAGUCAGCAUGUGAGAAACUUUCAGAGAGCCUCAAUGGGGCAGAGAAUGCUUUGUUUGUUAGCACUUACUUUUCUUAUAGGGCUUUAAAAUUUUCGAAUCCAUUAUUUAUAGAACUCUGUGUUUUUGCAUAGACCAUGUUGAAUGUCACCCAUUAGCCUGGAAGGAAUUAUGGAAUCCAUCUCAGAUGUCACCCUAUAGGUGACAUUUUCCUUCAAUACGUUUAGAUUAUUCCUGCACAGUGUCCCUUUAAGACACUGGGGCUGGCUGCACUGUGAACUUGUGACAGUGCACAGAGACAUCCAGAUGAUCAGUGAUCAACACUGGGAUUGAAUUCUCCAGGACAGCACCGGCUGUGACUCCUAGCUUCAGGUCUCUCCAUGUCCCCAAUCCCCACUGCUCCCUGUUGCCUUUUAGAGACCUCUCUCAUUCAAAGGGGUGAUGCUCUUGGAGUCUGGGGACCCUGCGUUGAGCACUUGCUGUCCUAGCCCUUAUCCCUGUCUGCAGAGCGACUCUGUCCUCUGAAGGGUUCCAGGGCUCUGGCUCCCUUCCAGGCCCUCUGAGCCCUUUGUUCUGGAGAGUAUGGAUUCCUUGUCUUUCCUUCCACUCCCCUUCUCUAGUUCCCAUAGUGCAUGAAAAUGUGCUGAUGCGCCUCAUUCAUACUUGCAAAUUAUCUCCCUGUAGUUCCCAGAAAACUGCUGCUAAAGCCCCAGUGACAUGGUCUGUUUGCAUGCAUCCUCACAGGGACCUGCAGAGCGUGUGGCUUCUCUAAUGUCCUAGGAUGAGAUGGCCUCUGCUUGUCCCUGCACCCACACUGCACACCUCCUCUGUGUGUGAGGUGACACACUGGCUUCAUACCCCAUAGUCUUAAUAAAAGAUGACUUAAUCCCAAAAUGUACUCUCUGCAGAGCAGCAGCAUUGCCCUUUGACCUGUAAACUGUUUUUAGUCUCCUCGUCAGUCAUUUGUUUUUCAUCUGAUAAGUUUCUGUAAACAAGGUGAUGUCAUCCUCAGGCCAAUUAACCACAAGCUUCUUGGUUAUGGAAGAGUCUCUUGCCUUCAAGGAAGAAAGUAGGCAGGCAGGACAGUGUUCUUGGUAGGGGAUUGUCCUUGUGAAGGUUAUACCACAGGACAUAUAUCCCAGGAUAACCUGAAUUUGAGCCACCCUGUCAUAUACAAACACAUGUCAGGAGCCUGGGCCAGGUCCAGCAUCUAGGGAUGUGGACAGCUGCAGGUCUAGCUUUGGGCUCCUUGUGUCCUGUGCAGAGUGUUACAGGCUCCCAUGUGUACAGCAUCCUGUUGUCCUUUGAAAACGAGCCUCUUGGCUCCCUUGCACUCUACUGGGUUCUGUCAGCUGACUGUUGUCCGCAGCUGUGGCUUCCCUCAGACUGCCAGUCCCUCUCUGGUUGGUUCUUGAGUUUAGAUUCAUAAACAUGGCCAAAGUACUGAUUAGGUUUUAAUAACUGAUAACAGAAGGACUGAGUUCCCAAAUCUCAAGGAAAAUAUGGAGACUUGUUUGUCUCUGCCCCGAGGCUGUUUCCAUGUCGCCAACUGUUCCUGUAGCUUGAAGCUGUGUGCACAAAAAUCUUGUAGCUGUCAGACUGGGACAGUCCUUUCUCUGAGGAUAGGUGCUACAUUGAACUCUCAGAUCGGGGGCUGGCCUUUUUGUCUUUAAGCUGAGAGUCGAGAGCCUCCCCACCCCCCGCUGACAGAUUCCCACAGUCUGGAUGUGAAAACUGAGCUCUGCAAAGGAAAGGAAGGCGGGAGAACACCCACCCGUGUUCUUUCGCUGUCUGGCCAGUCUCCAGGGAAAGUGCUAGCUAGUCUCGGGAGCAUCCAGCAGGCGGCGAUGGCGGCGGUCGCUAAGAGUGUUUUGGGGAGCAGGCGAGCAAAUUCUGCUUUCAGGGUGUGUAGAACAGAAUCCUGGGGCAGAGGCUGCUAAGGAUCUUAACCCCGCCUCUCCCGGAGAGGGUGUGGCCCUCUACUUUCUGCUCUAGGGUCUGUAGCUCUGGUUACAGACCCGGAAGGGGAAUGACUAAUUGGGAUUGGUGCAGGGCUGGGAGGGACCUCAUUAUUUUGUCCGGCCCACGUUUCUCUGGUAAUCUGUAUAAAGUCGCAACACACAGGUCAAUUCUGCUGAAGCCAAAUUGAGAAGACCACAGCGCCAGAACCAUGCCUAUGAUACUGGGAUACUGGAACGUCCGCGGGCUGACACACCCGAUCCGCCUGCUCCUGGAAUACACAGACUCAAGCUAUGAGGAGAAGAGAUACGCCAUGGGCGACGGUGGAGAGACAGAGGAGGAGCGGAUUCGUGCAGACAUUGUGGAGAACCAGGUCAUGGACAACCGCAUGCAGCUCAUCAUGCUUUGUUACAACCCCGACUUUGAGAAGCAGAAGCCAGAGUUCUUGAAGACCAUCCCUGAGAAGAUGAAGCUCUACUCUGAGUUCCUGGGCAAGCGACCAUGGUUUGCAGGGGACAAGGUCACCUAUGUGGAUUUCCUUGCUUAUGACAUUCUUGACCAGUACCACAUUUUUGAGCCCAAGUGCCUGGACGCCUUCCCAAACCUGAAGGACUUCCUGGCCCGCUUCGAGGGCCUGAAGAAGAUCUCUGCCUACAUGAAGAGCAGCCACUACCUCUCAACACCUAUAUUUUCGAAGUUGGCCCAAUGGAGUAACAAGUAGGCCCUUGCUACACUGGCACUCACAGGGAGGACCUAUCCACAUUGGAUCCUGCAGGCACCCUGGCCUUCUGCACUGUGGUUCUCUCUCCUUCCUGCUCCCUUCUCCAGCUUUGUCAGCCCCAUCUCCUCAACCUCACCCCAGUCAUGCCCACAUAGUCUUCAUUCUCCCCACUUUCUUUCAUAGUGGUCCCCUUCUUUAUUGACACCUUAACACAACCUCACAGUCCUUUUCUGUGAUUUGAGGUCUGCCCUGAACUCAGUCUCCCUAGACUUACCCCAAAUGUAACACUGUCUCAGUGCCAGCCUGUUCCUGGUGGGGGAGCUGCCCCAGGCCUGUCUCAUCUUUAAUAAAGCCUGAAACACA